ACUUUAACUCGGAUAAUCAUGUACGUUAAACACCCGAAGCUCUUCCCUUUCACUUGACUUUGGGCCUAUUGGGCCGGAAUUAGCCGGACUGGUGGCUAAAAACGCCGCCGCCCCGGAGGCGGGCCGGUGGACUUUGAAAUUGAACGUCCGCCGCGAAAACGAUCCUCUCUCUUCUUAGUCUUCCCUGUCUGUUCUCCUUCAAACGAUGUGAAUGAACGGUCCAUUGCUGCUUUCUCCAUUGAGAAUCAGUUUUCUUCCUCUCAUCAGCUCCAUGAAGCCGCAGAAGAAACAACCCACAAAGAACAACCCGCAAACGGGCAAGAGAAAGCGAGGGGGAGCGGCAGCAGCUGGAAAUGGCCGAACGGCGCCGCAAGUCAAAGACAUCGAGGACUUGUUACCGUUCACCGGCGGAGAAGUCAGCAGCAUCCGGGGUUCCCUUCUGGAGUGGUACGACGUCAAUUGCAGGGACCUUCCAUGGAGGAGGAAGGAAUGUGAUUCCGAUGGAGGAGGAGAAGAUGACGACCAUGACGAAGAAGAGAGGAGGGCAUAUGGGGUUUGGGUGUCGGAGGUGAUGCUACAGCAGACGAGGGUUCAGACGGUGAUCGAGUAUUACAACCGGUGGAUGCUCAAAUGGCCUUCCGUCCACCACCUCGCAUCCGCUUCCCUCGAGGAGGUGAACGAGAUGUGGGCUGGUCUGGGCUACUAUAGACGUGCACGUUUCCUGUUGGAGGGAGCAAAGAUGAUUGUUGCUGGAGAAGAAGGGUUCCCAAGAACAGUUGCACAACUGCGUAAGGUUCCAGGAAUUGGAGAAUAUACAGCUGGUGCUAUUGCCUCCAUAGCAUUCAAAGAGGUGGUACCUGCUGUCGAUGGAAACGUAAUUAGGGUACUUGCUCGACUAAAGGCUAUAUCAACAAACCCAAAAGACUCGACUACCAUCAAGAACUUUUGGAAACUUGCAGGCCAACUAGUUGAUAAUUCCCGCCCCGGAGAUUUCAACCAGUCUCUUAUGGAACUUGGUGCUACUGUAUGCACCCCUUUGAAUCCCACCUGUUCUUUGUGUUCUAUUUCAUCCCAAUGUCGGGCAUAUGCCAUUUGUGAGAAGGAUACUUCAGUGGCAGUCACAGAUUACCCAGUCAAGGUUGUAAAGACCAAACAAAGGCACAACUUUUCUGCUGUUUGUGUUGUGGAGAUCUUGAGAGGAACCCAAGAAAGUGAAUUCCUUCUUGUUAAGAGGCCCAACGAGGGCUUGCUUGCUGGUCUCUGGGAGUUCCCUUCAGUUGAGGUGGAUCAAGAAGCUGAUUCUUCGGUGAGGAGAAGAGAGGUUGAUGGGUUUCUGAAACAGUCAUUUGGACUCGACCUGAGAAAGUGCAACAUCAUUCUGAGGGAAGAUGUUGGAGAAUUCGUCCAUAUCUUCACUCAUAUUCGUCUUAAGAUUUGUGCGGAAUUGUUGGUGGUGCAUCUUGAUGAUGAGAUGAGGCUCUUGAGGAAGCACAGCAAGGAAAACGCGAAAUGGAAGCUUGUAGAUUGCAAGGCCGUUUCGAGCAUGGGAUUGACAUCUAGUGUAAGAAAGGUGUACUCUAUGGUUCAGAAGUUCAAGCAGAGCAAUCUUUCUCAACAAAAGCAGAAGAAAUGAAGUUAAUGAGGUCAAGUCGAGAUUGAGAAGUAGCCUCAUAACGCUGUAUCAAUUGACAUUCUUCUUUGUCGAGAUCGAUUGCUCGUAUUUGCAGAUACUCUUUGUCGUCAGAAUUAAUUAUUGAAAAAUCUUGAAAGAGCAGAAAUUCUUGCCCUUGAUCGACCCCACUUCCAUAAUCGAGCUUUUACUUUUCCAGUGCCAA